AUGUCAUGGAUGAAGAGUGAUGAUCGACAAGCAAGCAGUAAGCUGGCCAGCGAACUGGUUGUCAAUCGCAUUAAGCAACGCAUGGGGUUAAGGCCGAAGGACAUAAUAGUCGCAAUGCAAGAUAAGUAUAAUAUUGUUAUUAACUAUAAUAAGGCAUGGCGCGCUAAAGAGAUUGCAAUCGAUCGCGCGAUGAGGUUUGAGAGAUGUUUUGUUGCGCUCGGACAGUGUGUUAGAAGUUUUCAAACAUCUCUGCGAAGGGUCUUGGCUAUUGAUGGGAUGCAUUUAAAAGGUAAGUACAAGGGUAUUUUGUUUGUUGCUACGGCAUUGGAUGGUGACAAUCACAUCUUUCCAAUCGCUUUUGGUAUCGGAGAAUCAGAGAAUAGCAACAGUUGGAACUGGUUCCUUACAUACCUCAACGAUUCGUUAGGGAAUUUACCUGGUCUUAUUAUCAUAUCAGACCAUCAUAAAAGUCUGAUGAAAGAAGUUCCACAGGCUGUAAAGACUUGUAGGAGGGCUGAUUUCGAUAAAUUCAUGCAUCAUAUCGAACUUGCCAACCCCCCAGUACAUGCAUGGCUAAGGGAAAUAGGUUAUGAAAAGUGGGCAUCUUCGCAUUUCCCAGGAAAAAGGUUCAAUUUGGUGACUACAAACACAGUUGAGUGUGUUAACGCUCUAUUCAAAGAAGCACGAGAAUAUCCAGUGACUAUGCUGAUAGAGACGGUCAGAUUGAAAAUUCAAGAGAUGUUUUGUAAAAGAAGAGAAUUAGCCUCAUCAUUUGUUGGACCGUUGACACCGUGGGCUGAGAAACAAAUAAAGGAUCUCAUACCGAAGGCACGAGAUGUUCGUUGCCACGCAAUUUCCCAAGAUGAAUACUAUAUUGUGGGAGACUACAAUGAUACCGUCAAACUCAAUAAGCUUUCAUGUACAUGUCGCGAGUUUGAAGUAAAGGGUUUAGCUUGUUUUCAUGUUCUUUCAGCAUGUAUAAACUACAAUCUUCUUCAUUACUCGUAUUGCUCCCCGUUGUACACGGCGAGGAAUUAUCAGAUCACCUAUGAAAAUUCGGUGUACCCAGUACGGGACAAAAGUCAAUGGGAAAUUUCUCCUGCAUUCAAGGAGUACUAUUUGAGAAUCUGGCCCCCGCUACAGAUGAGGUCAGCUGGAAGACCAAAGAAGGCACGGAUCCUUUCCCGUGGAGAGGAACGAACUACAAAAAUAUGCGGACGUUGCAAACAAGCGGGUCAUAAUCGUCGGAGCUGCAAAUUUCCAAUACCUUCAAAAUAA